GCAGCCAGACUGGCCGGAAAAGGCGCUUCUAGGACGGGACUCUAGUUCCGCCCCUUUGCGCUGCUGUUGGAAGGUGUCGGUCGGUUCGCCUCCCCAAGACCAACCACCCCCUUGGGCGUCUCUCAACCCCACCAGCAGCCCCCUCGGACGGCUUCUUGACUCAAUCUUGUCUCGGCGAUCACGCCUUCCCACCCCUGCGUGUGUUCCAGCGGCGAGGAGGCGGAGGCGGAGAGGGAGGGGGACUUGGUCUUCCCUUUUAUCGGAUUGAUUUCUGACUUAAUCGGGAAGGUUCCGGGCUCUUUUCUGCGGUGCUGCAGUGGUGUGUCACGGCUGUCUUUCUCCCCCGGCUGCUUUCGAACGAGAGGGACUUGUUUUUUCCUGCUUCGUCCGAAUCAUUCCAUUGCCGGUCCGUCAAUCAUUUUUUCCACCGCUGCGGUCCAGUCGAGUUGCCUCCGCGCUGGGACAUGGACGAGCUCCAGUGAGGGAGCUCCACACGCCGACGUGAUUCGGACACGGAUCCCCCUAGAGCGACGACAUCCGGACAUGUUUAUCCCCGUUUCCAUGGUAAACCAGUGGAGCAUGCCCGCCGUCCCAGCGAGGAGUUAACCUGCCAAAGCGCAAGCCUCGCGACCCCCCUCCACUGACCAUCGGGACUUUCUCCGACAUCUGCGACAUUCUCACGGACCGGCCGGCAUCGGCGCCAUGGCUAACAACGCGGUGGAGCACCCGGCGGGGAACUCGGUUGCCGACGGCAACCACGAUGGUGACUUCGGGGUGACUGUGGAUGACCUGCGAGGACUCAUGGAGCUGCGCAGCGGCGAGGCUGUCGGCAAGAUUCGAGACGACUACGGCGACGUGCAGGGCAUCUGCAGACGGCUCAAAACGUCGCCCAUCGAAGGUCUUUCUGGGAACCCCGUGGACCUGGAGAAGCGGCACGCGGCCUUUGGGCAGAACUUCAUCCCGCCCAGGAAGGCCAAAACCUUCCUGCAGCUGGUGUGGGAAGCCCUGCAAGACGUCACGCUCAUCAUCCUGGAGAUCGCCGCCAUUAUCUCGCUGGGCUUGUCCUUCUACCACCUGGAAGGCGGAAACAGUGAAGCUUGCGGCCAAGCGGCGGGCGGCGUGGAAGACGAAGGCGAGGCGCAGGCGGGCUGGAUCGAGGGCGCGGCCAUCUUGUUCUCGGUCAUCAUCGUGGUACUAGUGACGGCCUUCAACGAUUGGUCCAAAGAGAAGCAGUUCCGAGGCCUCCAGAGUCGCAUCGAGCAGGAGCAGAAGUUCACUGUCAUUCGCAAGGGCCAAGUCAUCCAGAUCCCCGUGGCCGAGAUGGUGGUGGGGGACAUCGCCCAGAUCAAAUACGGAGACCUGUUGCCCGCCGACGGCAUUUUGAUCCAAGGCAAUGACCUGAAGAUCGAUGAGAGCUCCCUUACCGGAGAAUCCGAUCAGGUCCGCAAGUCUCUGGAGAAAGACCCCAUGUUGCUGUCGGGAACGCACGUGAUGGAGGGCUCGGGCCGAAUGGUGGUGUCGGCCGUCGGACUCAACUCUCAGACGGGGAUCAUCUUCACGCUGCUCGGUGCCGGCGACAGCGGCGAGGAGAAGAAGGCCAAAAAAAGUAAAAAACAAGGACCCCCCGAAAAUCGCAACAAAGCCAAAACCCAGGACGGCGUCGCGUUGGAAAUCCAGCCGCUGAAGAGCGAGGAGGCGGGCGAGUCGGAGGAGAAGGAGGAGGCCAAACCGGUCAAGAAGGUGAUCGUGCCCAAGAAGGAGAAGUCCGUGCUGCAGGGGAAGCUGACCAAACUGGCCGUGCAGAUCGGGAAGGCCGGCCUGAUCAUGUCGGCUGUGACGGUGAUCAUCUUGAUCUUGUACUUCGUCAUCGACACGUUCGCCGUCCAGGGACUCACGUGGACGUCUGAGUGCACGCCCAUCUACAUUCAGUACUUUGUCAAGUUCUUCAUUAUCGGCGUCACCGUCCUGGUGGUGGCCGUCCCCGAGGGCCUUCCCCUGGCCGUCACCAUCUCGCUUGCCUACUCUGUCAAGAAAAUGAUGAAGGAUAACAACCUGGUGCGCCACCUGGACGCCUGCGAGACGAUGGGCAACGCCACGGCCAUCUGCUCGGACAAGACGGGCACCCUGACCAUGAACCGCAUGACCGUGGUGCAGGCCUAUAUGGGAGACACUCAUUACAAGACCAUACCCGAAGCCAGCGCCAUCAAGCCCGACACUCUGGAGGUCCUGGUCAACAGCAUCUCCAUCAAUUCGGCCUACACCACCAAGAUCCUGCCUCCAGAGAAGGAGGGCGGCCUCCCUCGACACGUGGGCAACAAGACGGAGUGCGCCCUCCUGGGUCUGGUUCUGGACCUGAAGCGGGACUACCAGCCCAUCAGAGAGGAGGUCCCCGAGGAGAAGAUGUACAAAGUGUACACCUUCAACUCCUCGCGCAAAUCCAUGAGCACCGUGCUCAGGAUGGCCGACGGAGGGUUCCGCAUGUACAGCAAGGGGGCGUCCGAGAUCAUCCUCAGGAAGUGCUCGCGUAUUCUGGACUGCGAUGGCCUCCUGCGCGUCUUCAAGCCCAAAGAUCGCGACGAGAUGGUGCGCAAGGUGAUCGAGCCCAUGGCCUGCGACGGCCUGCGCACCAUCUGCUUGGCCUUCCGCGACUUCCCGGCCAUCGGCGGCGAGCCCAACUGGGAGGCGGAGAACGACAUCGUCAACGACCUCACCUGCAUCGCCGUGGUCGGCAUCGAGGACCCCGUCCGGCCUGAGGUCCCCGAGGCCAUCACCAAGUGUCAGCGUGCGGGGAUCACCGUCCGCAUGGUGACGGGCGACAACAUCAACACGGCGCGGGCCAUCGCCACCAAGUGCGGGAUCCUGCUGCCCAACGAGGACUUCCUGUGCAUGGAGGGCAAAGAGUUCAACCAGCAAAUCCGCAAUGACAAUGGCGAGGUGGAGCAAGAGCGCCUGGACAAAGUUUGGCCCAAACUGCGAGUUCUCGCCCGUUCGUCGCCAACUGACAAGCACACGCUGGUCAAAGGCAUCAUCGACAGCACAGUGGGCGAGACCCGACAGGUGGUGGCGGUGACGGGAGACGGAACCAACGACGGGCCCGCGCUCAAGAAAGCCGACGUGGGGUUCGCCAUGGGCAUCGCCGGGACGGACGUGGCCAAAGAGGCGUCGGACAUCAUCUUGACGGACGACAACUUCACCAGCAUCGUCCGGGCCGUAAUGUGGGGGAGGAACGUCUACGACAGCAUCUCCAAGUUUCUGCAGUUCCAGCUCACCGUCAACGUGGUGGCCGUCAUCGUGGCCUUCACUGGCGCCUGCAUCACGCAGGAUUCGCCGCUGAAGGCGGUGCAGAUGCUGUGGGUGAACCUGAUCAUGGACACGCUGGCGUCGCUGGCCUUGGCCACCGAGCCGCCCACCGAGUCACUGCUUCUGCGCAAGCCAUACGGACGCAACAAGCCGCUCAUCUCGCGCACCAUGAUGAAGAACAUCUUGGGCCACGCCGUCUACCAGCUGGUCAUCAUCUUCACGCUAUUAUUUGCCGGCGAGAAGAUCUUCGACAUGGACAACGGUCGCAACGCUCCGUUGCACUCUCCUCCGUCCGAGCACUACACCAUCGUCUUCAACGUCUUCGUCAUGAUGCAGCUCUUCAACGAGAUCAACGCCCGCAAGAUCCACGGCGAGCGCAACGUCUUUGAGGGCAUCUACCGCAACCCCAUCUUCUGCAGCGUCGUCCUGGGGACCUUUGCCUUGCAGAUCGUCAUCGUGCAGUUUGGCGGGAAGCCCUUCUCCUGCACGGCGCUCACCAUCGAUCAGUGGCUGUGGUGCGUCUUCAUCGGCGUGGGCGAGCUGCUGUGGGGGCAGCUGAUCUCGUCGAUACCCACGCACCACCUGAAGUUCCUGAAGGAGGCGGGUCACGGCACCACCAAGGAGGACAUCCACGAGGAGGAGAUGACGGCCGACGCCGACGAGAUCGACCACGCCGAGAUGGAGCUCAGACGGGGGCAGAUCCUUUGGUUCCGCGGCCUCAACCGCAUCCAGACGCAGAUUAAAGUGGUGAACGCGUUCCGGAGCUCGUUGUACGAAGGUCUGGAGAGUCCGGAGUCGCGUAACUCCAUCCACAGCUUCAUGGCCCAUCCUGAGUUUGUCCCGCUCUCCGAGGAGGAAGCUCGUAUCCCGUCCAUCGAGGAGUCAGGAGAUGAGAUCGAGACCUUCCCAGGAACCUCCCUUUCCUCAACCUACGCAGCCAUGCCGGGAGAUGCCGCCACUUCAUCCGCAUAAGCUUCUUUCUUCACCUCUUCCUCCUCUCAUCAUCACCACCAUCGUCUCCCACCGUUUUUUUUUUUUUUUUUCCCUCUCACUGAGCGAAAAUUUGUCAUGAACAGCUUUAGUGGUUUGUUUGCAGCAUGUGGCAAACGAGAAAAAAAAAAAAAGAGUUGUUAGGAGCUGGCUAACAACAAAAAGUCCAAGUGCUAGUUUAGAGUCAAAACACUCAUUCUGCGACACAUAUGGAAGAGUUCAUCGUCUCGGAAUGUUAGCCAGAAAAAAAGUCCAAACACUCGUUCCCAACAUUUCUUAGCAGCAAGAAUUCCUUGCAGUGAUAGCGGGUUGUUAACUUGUGGCGGAAAACACCAAGUUAGCAUGUGCCUCUGAAGAAUUCCUCGUCGUGGAUUGUUAGCAAAGUCAAAAACACGACCCCCUGACCCCUAACCCCCUGAUGAAUUAAAAUUCACGGUGAGCUAGCAGGUUGUAAGCAUGUGGCUAAAAACAACAAUCACAAAAAGUCAAAACACUAACCCGGUGACUCCGAAUUCCUGCCACCCUUGUUUUCAUUGGCCUUCUUUUUUUUUUUUUUAGCAAUGACAAUUCCUUGUGAGCAGCUUCAGUGGGUUUUUCGCAGCAUGUGGCUAUAAAGAACAACAAAAACAAUGAAAAAAGCAGCACGAAAACAAGUGCGCUGAUCAUGUACAUACGCUUCCGCUAAAGGCUAACAGAGAUUUCUCGGUCGGAAUUUUUGUUGUUGUUGUUUUUAAGCCAUUUCGAAGUUCGUUUUUGUUUGUUAAUCCUCUAACGAAUGUUCUUUGUUGUUGAGUGUCACACUACUGUCUUCAAAGAAAACUUUUCUCCUUGUUAGCGUCUCUUUCUUUUUCUGUUUGCAUGUGGAAAGACGGAAUGUUUAGGCUGAAAAGGCGAUCGGAUGGCAGCAGGGAUGGCAGCAGGGAUGGGGAGAAGGUCAGCAAAGUUAUAAGGGGGGGAGGGGGUGCAUGUUGUGUUUUAUCCGUGUCACGUCGCAUGCUAACUUGAGAAUGAAAAUUUGGGAAUUCUGUUCCAGUGCCCACCAACCCGUCCACUUCCUGUCUGUUGGACGUAACUUGUGACGACAGCUAGCGUGCUAGCGUGGCUGAUGGCGCCUUUGCUAAGCCGGAAUGUAACUUCAAACAGUGCUAGACGAGCAUGCUUGUUUAAAAUCAAACAUAUUAGCGUGCAGGCUAAACAUUUGACUGUCAAACAUGUUGGAGUUUUGAAUGGAGUGCUACUUUGAAGUCAAACAUGUUGGCGACGUCGCACCAUAGUGCAAACGCCACGUGUUAGCCUAGUCGCGCGGUUUGAAAGCCAUCGAGCGCGCUAGUCUGUGAACGUCAAAAGUUUCCCGCCAGCCGACGGGAGGUCCAACUGUCUGUGUACACAUCAUUGUGUUAAAAGACAAGCUGUCUUGUGUUGUCUGUAUUAUUUUCCCCCUCCCUGGUCCAUCAAACUCAGUGGAUACAAGCUCAAGUCGGCCGUGGAGAGAAGGACUCCUGUCAUGUUUGUGUCCAAAGCGGCUAGUUUUUUCUUUCUAUGUAACAGAGCCAUAUUCACUAGUUGCCAUAUUCACUCUGCACCCCCACCCCACCCCCUUUUGGACUCUCAGCCCAUAAUAAGCAAAAGAAUGAAAGAAAAAAAAAAUAACCUCGGCCGUCACUGCCGCCAGAGUCUACAAGGACCUGUACGAUGUUUACAUGAAGAAAUUCCAGCUCAUUUCCUUCCACUUCCUGCUUGACGGCAAUGCGGAGAGCUCUCUCUUUGCAUGCGUUUCAUAUCAAAAUGUGUUGGCCAUUUUUUUUACGACUUGUGUAUUUUUAUAUUCACGACUUUUUAAUAUUUUGGAGGAUACGUAAGUCAUCAGUGACAUCUUAGUUUGUUUGCCCCGCCCCACUCUUUUGGAUGUUGAUGCUGCGUGUGUGUUGCCAUGGUUACGACACACAUUCACACACACGGCCCUUAAGUGACUUGUUUACUUCCUGCUCAGUUGGAUUGCCGAUGUUCCGAUUGGCCGCCGCCCCUCUUCAGGAGCCGAGUCCCUUUUUCCUGCCGAGGCCGAACAGCAUUGCCGUCGUUACCCGACCCUAACCAUAAACAUCACCUUGACGGGAGCAUCUCACAGAUCUCCAUGCAAUGCCACGGUGACAGCAUCUCCCCAACAUACAAACUUUGUGCCACGGAGAUAAGAGCAUCUUAAACAGCAUCGCCAUGGCAACAAGAACAUCUUAACAGCAUUGCUAGGGCAAAACGAGCAUCACCGUGGUGACAGCGUCAUUGGGAUCUCCUACAGUGUCAUUGACCAACACCGCCAUGUUGAGAAGAUAGGAAUCUCCAAACAUUGCCAUGGUAACAGUAUCUUGGCAAAUUCAGAACAACAUCACCGUGGCAAGAGAAGGGUUUUGCCAACCUCCAAACAUCACAUGACAACAGCUUCUUGGGGAAUGGUGAACAGCAACGGUGUCUUGCCGACCUCUGCCAACAUCACCAUGGCGACAGCAGAACAGGAACACUAAAUAGCAUCGCGUGCCAUGGCAACGGAAGCAUCUUGUCGACUUCAAAACAUUGCCACGCUGACAGCCUCUUAAACGCCAUACAGCGUCACCACGGCAACAAAAGCAUCUCUGUGGCAACGCGCAUCUUGAAACAUUUAGCCAAUCACCGUUUUGACGGCAUCUUUCCAAUCUCAAGACUCGUAUCAAAGGGGUUGGAGUCAAUUUUUUGACGGCCAUUUCACGUGGACAAGGACUGCGGUGUGCUUCUUUUUUUUUUUCUUUUCUCGAACAUCAGCGCUACCUGCAGGAGGUGCCAUGUAAGCACCACAUCAUAAUAUUAAUCAUCAUGACCCGGCAUAGCUUUAAAAAAAAAAAAAAAAAAAUGUCCUGCCAAAGUCCUCAAGCACCGUUUAUUUUAUUUUUUUGGUCCUGCUCACCCGAAGCACGUUUGCCAUAGCCAAUAAGGGCACCUAUUGUAUUGAACUUGCUCACCUAAAAAAAAAAAAAAAAAAAAAUCCAAAUGAGACUGUAAAAUCCCAUGAACAUGAUUGAUGUAUUCGCAUCCGUUACAGAAAAGAAACCUGCCUCUUUUCGAAAAAAAAAAAAGGAAAUAAUUUUUCUAUGUCUAUAUAAUGUAAAUAUAUAGACACAUUCUCAGUUGAUGGCAAAAAAUACUUGUUUUCCGUGCUAAUGAUGCUAAUGAUGAUUAUCUAAUUAGGCGCGUGAUGAUAGGUGUGUUUUUUUUUUUUAUAUACGGCAUAAUCAUCUGUGUGGCAUGCAUGACAUAUAUUACCUACCCACAAUUUUUCCGUGGUUUUAAAAAGCAAUAUGUCCAACCUGGUGCGAUUAGUCGCAUCGUGUUCCGUGUCGCCUUGAGCCACCAUUUCCUGACCCCCCCGACCCUUUCCUAUAUACACACACACACGCACGCACACACAAGAAAAACUACUCACAACAAAAGACAAAAAUAGCAAGUGCAUUUGGAUCCCAAUAAGUGUUGAGUGUUCAAUGUCGUGUGUUGUGCAUGUUUUUAGUACGGAAUGGAACAUCCCAAAUGUUGACUUGUUUUCCCGAGUAGACAAACACAGACAUUCCCAUCCUUCUCGUCAUUCCGCCUCAUCAUCCCGGCCGAUUGGAGGACGACCAUUUCUGUUUGCCCAACAAAAAGCGAUAAACGCUCAAAGAUGAUUUACGAGACAAUUCAACAUUUGACAGGAUGAAUCGUAGAUGGGAUGCUUGCUGGAAAAGUCCUUAUAAUCAUUAAAAACAUUUACAAGUCA